UGAAUGCGGUUGUCGACUCGUCAACGUUCCAAUUACGUCAUUUUCCAGCGACAGCCACCGAAACACGAGUGCAGUAGCAUCGAUAAUUGCGCUCUAAUUUGAUUACAUGGAUAAAAGUAUUGCAUUUAUGGGAAAAUGUAUUUUUGACAACUGUGUAUGGUUUACAAUGCGUAUGUUCACGUAACAAUUUCACGUUGUUACCGUGCAAGGCAUGCAAACCUCAACUAAAUUUGGUUUAGGUUUUUAGCCGGCACGAAGCAUGUCUACAUGCAAUUCAGUUGACAAGUUAAUGACAGCAAUUUAAUCACUGAUGAGGCAAACAAGGAAGCACUGUUGAGACGCACUGCCCCAGUUGCAUUUGCAUUGCUGCAAUCAUUUGGCUGAAUCGCCUUGGGAAACAAUCAGUGCAUCAUGAACCCAAUACUGAGACAGAAAAUCCCGGCAUGUGUGAGGACACUCUUGACUGACAUUAGACCAAGAGAUGAACAGCACUGUCACAAUGAAGAAAAUGACGAUAUUGAAACGCUGUCUGUAGAUGGGAUUAAACUGCCUGGGAGAGGAGAUGCAGACUCUGGAGAACUCCUAACCCCAGCUGGAAUGAGAGAGAAGAGCAAAGAGAGCGACAUGGGUUUGAGAAAAGGCAGUGUAUGUGGAUUGUGCUUAUCCAAACGUCCUUCCUACACCUGCCCACGAUGCAAUGUGCCAUAUUGUGACUUGGCUUGCUAUCGUAGUUCAGCCCAUUCCAUUUGCUCUGAAGAGUUCUACAAGGAGUCUGUGAUUCAGGAGCUGAGGGGGAUGGGGGAAACAGAGGAGGAAGGGAAAAGGAGGAUGCAGGAAAUUCUGGUGAGGCUCAGCAAGGAGGGGGAGAGAAAAGGAGGGACAACAGAGGUGUUUCAACAGAAAGAGGAGGAGGGGGAAGAGGAUGGGGCUUUGGAAAAUGGAGAAAUUUUGGUUCUGCUUUCUAGAUUGGCAGAGAUCCAGUCAUCUGGAGAAGGAGACACAAGGGAGAUACAAGACAUAUUAACAAAACUCAAGGAGAUCGGAGGGACGGAGGAAGAGAGGGGGCAGAUAGAUGAGACUGUAGCAAGUCACAGAGACAAUGAAGAGCUGGAGGAAGAGGAGGAACAGGACUUAGCACAGCGAUUUUCAGGGCUUGAUAUUGAAAGUCUGUCAGAAGAGCAGCUGUGGGGACUUUUGCCACAGCAGGACAAGGAGAGGUUUGAAGGGCUUGUAAAGGGAGGAGCAAUAGGAGGGCUGGUGCCCCUGUGGAGCCCCUGGUGGGAGAGGCACGAGGGAGGAGAAGGUGCACUGGUAGAGCUGUUGGAGGGAGACAGUGAAGAGGGAGAGGGUUUGAGCAGGUCAGGAGAGGUAGUGAAAACUGAGGGUAAGGAGAAAGGAAAAAAGGGAGUUUCAAGAGAGAGGGACAAGAAAAGGGUAAGAGAAGUAGAAGAAGAAGUGGGGCAUGCACAUGGUAAAGGUGAGAAGGGGAAAUUGGGAGGGAACGGAAAUGAAAGCAUUGUGGUACAUGGGAAUGAGGAAGAUGGGAGCACAGCGGGAGAGGGAAAGGGAACAGGACCAUGUGAAAAAGAUACAUUACAGACACAGCAGGGACACCAGAAGAGGACGAACUCACCAAGGACAGGGAGCAAGCGCAAAAGUCCAAGCUGUUUGGUACCUCAGGUGAAUAAAAAGAUCCCGCCCCUCAACACCCUCUCGCCACAGGUCUCCCCAUUGGUGCGAUACAGCCUGGUGAACGUGCUGUACGGCUACGCCGCUUCCCUUUCCCUCUUCAAUGGGGACCUCUCAGAACCGGACCUGAUACAGGAGUUCUGUCAGGUGGUGCUGAUUAUGUCAGAGUCUCUGAGCUCCAACAGGGUUUUCAGCUCCUUGCAGGAAGCCAUUGAAAUGAGCACCAGAUCGGCGAUGGAGAGCGGGUGUUUUACCCCGGGAGACCUAGGUGCCCAGGCCAGAGCUGUAGAAGCAGUAGCCCACAUUCUGUCUGGGAAGAGUAAGCAGGAUACAGUGGGAUACACACUGGCGGCCCUGUCCCAACUUCAGGCGGUUUUAAGCCAGGCCCGGGUGGCCCUGCCCAAGGAGGGUGAAGGAAGAGAAUUGAGGCGGAAAUAUUUUUUGGCGGGGAAGAAAUGUGAGUUCUUGCAGUCUUGGGUAAAAGACAAUGGUCCAGCAGUGAGACUGUUAGCUGGGCAUGUAUGGACGGAGCACAUGAAGAUGGAGAAGGAGAGGAAGUGUUUAGAUGAAGAGAAGAAAGUAGUAGAGGAAAGCUGGAAGAAAGGGAGAGGAAGAGGGGAAGGGAAAUUGAUUGAAGAGAUGGACUGAGCAUUGUUGUUAAGCACAGGUUGUUUCUUUACAAGGCUGUAGAACACUGAAUCUGUAAAAGAAAGUGUGUGAGUCUAUUAAAAAAAAAGCAUUGCAUUUAAAUUGGCCAUUUUAUUUCAUGUACGUUCUUGCUCAAGUCAAAGUCCCCUUUAGAUUUAAACAUUUUGAGUAUGCAUGUAUUUCCAUAUCUCAGAUCAAUGUUUUAACAUAAAAAAUGUAAUUUACACGUGUCCAAAAAGACAAUACAUUAAAAUUCAAACAGUGACCAGGUAGCAAAAGAUCUCCUGGCAAAUAUCCACAGGAAAAUGACAAUCAGUGCAUUGUUUUCAAAUGAUGUCAAGGCAACAUGACCAAAUGUAUGUAUCUACCAUGCAUUCUUCAUAGUCCUGGGGGCUCACUUCUAAAAACGUUCUUGGAUUUAAAAUUAAAUGUAAUAUUAAUACCAUUUCCCAAGUUGUGCUUACGCUUGCUUUACAGAAACAAAUUGGGAAAAAAAGUUGCGUAGGAUAGUUUGUUAAAUUUGUCUGUGUCUUACGUAUCCGUGAUAAAACUCAAUUGAACUUCAAUUUGAACUCCAAUAAUGUGAGUGCUGCCACGAUUGAAUAAUAAUUUUCUCAUGCAGCACGCAAUAAAAUAUCUUGGAUAAAA